UUACAAACUCGUUUUCGCUAGUUUUUUUUUUCCUGUUUUAGGGUACUUUGGGUCAUUAGCGGAAGAUGUCUGGUCGUGGCAAGCAGGGCGGCAAAGCUCGUGCAAAAGCGAAGUCUCGCUCUUCUCGCGCUGGUCUGCAGUUUCCAGUGGGCCGUGUACACCGCCUUCUCCGGAAGGGUAAUUACUCCGAGCGGGUGGGCGCUGGUGCUCCGGUGUACCUGGCUGCUGUGCUGGAAUACCUGACUGCUGAGAUCCUGGAGCUGGCUGGUAAUGCGGCUCGCGACAAUAAGAAGACGCGAAUUAUCCCGCGCCACCUGCAGUUGGCCAUCCGCAACGACGAGGAGCUUAACAAGCUGCUGGGCCGCGUGACCAUCGCGCAGGGCGGCGUCCUGCCCAACAUCCAGGCCGUGCUGCUGCCCAAGAAAACCGAGAGCCACCACAAGGCCAAGGGCAAGUGAGGCCCCUGCUGGUCGUUAGUGCGACUUUACGGACACCAAAGGCUCUUUUCAGAGCCACCCACAACCUCACUAGAAACCGCUGUACACUAAGCCUGUUGCCAGUUACUGGCCAGGCAAGGUCUCCCGACUCCUUCCAUGCAUUCCUGCAUCCCUGUGCGGCGCCUGGGGAGCUCGCGGGAGACCAACGGCUUGAUCUGCGGGUGGCCAGCGGUCGGUUGGAGACGUUCUUCCUCCCCACCACUCCGAUGUCAGACACAAGGUUUCCGUUAACGUUCGUGUUUGGACCUUAAGGGAAUACUUGGUAGAAAUUAGCAUAAGGUCGUUGAUAGAUGCUAGUGUUUCCACUGAAACUGGGUAAAUUGACAUGUUCAAAUCUUCUAAAUUAGGAUGGGGUUUCCAAAGGUUUCUGAGGGAGACUUGGGUAUUUCAAAUCUACUUGUUUAUAUAAACGUUCUGUUACAAAGGCGAUUUACAA